AUGCAUUCUUUGUGUGCUGUGCACCGAGAUCGAGCAAAUGUCGUCCAAAGGAACUACGCGAGGCGACGGCGUAGCCGAAAGCGCCUAGAAAAGCUGCGGAUGGCAGCAAGCACCGCACAAGCUGAAGCACAGCAGCAGCUUACAACCAACCUCACCAAACGGCAAGCAAAACCAAACGAAGUUACGACUGAAAUGGCCAGAAAUGGGAUCGAUCCGAUCCCGUACCACAAGGAGGAAGUCGACACGACCUUGAACUCCAAACGCGAGCGGGUGUCCUUGACCAACGACGAUGUCAAGCUAUUCCAGGACCUCAUGCGGUCGUUCCUUGGAUUGAAAGCUAUCUUUGAGUGGAUGCAAGAAGGGGUCGCUCCUAAAGUCGGAAUUUAA